GAUACUUGAGGAAGGGAGGAGCGACUUCCUAAAACCAUGUUCCCCUGUGCUCGGGCUUGUUGCGCUGCUUGUUUUCAGGUCUGACCCCGUUCAGACUGAACCUAAACCGGAUCCGCCUCGUCCGCCUUCCGGACCCGUUGCUUUCACUUUCUCCGCAACAAUUUCUGGGUGUUCUGGAUGGAAACGGACUGUCUGCUGGCCGGGAGCGAGAACGAGGAACCCGGAGAUUAUGGUUCCCGGUCGGGCACGACGUUGCACGGCGGCAGCAGGCGCGCGCCCUACUCUGACGGAGACUCCUUCAGUUUUCACAGAAACUCAGAUGAUGAGGACCUCUACAUCCAACAGGCUGUAGUUUUCAUCGAAGAUGCCAUCCAUUACCGGUCCAUUUACCACCGGGUGGACACCAGCUCACUCCGUCUGUAUCGAUGGUACUAUUCCAGGAUAUGCCAGUGGAUCCUGGGCGUCACCAUUGCAGUAGUUUUGUUGCUAGCGUUUGUGGAGCGGCCGUCCUCCCUGAGCGCCACCUCGGACCCCCGCCAUCGAUCUGGUUCCUGGACUCCUCCAUGUGGCCUCACUGAGAGCUUAGAAAUGAUCUGCCUCAUCAUCUUCAUUCUGGAUCUCGCUGUCAAGAGCUAUUUGAUUGGCUGGGAGGAAUUCAGGAAAAGCAAAUGGCUGAUCAGCUACACUGUGAUCAUCUCAGUUUCCAUCAUUGACUGGGUGUUGUCGAUCAGCAUGGCGUGUGAUGAGAAAUUGAGAGUGCGGCGGCUUCUCCGGCCGUUCUUCCUGCUGCAGAACUCCUCUUUGAUGAAGAAGACUCUGAAGUGCAUCAAGAGGACUCUCCCUGAGAUCGCCAGCGUUAUCCUGCUGCUGGCGCUCCACCUCUGCCUCUUCACUAUGAUCGGCAUGCUGCUGUUCGCAAAGACUGAUGAUCCAAAGACGAAUGGGGAGUGGGAGUUACAUUUCAGAGACCUUCCUAACUCCCUGACCUCUCUGCUGGUUCUGCUGACCACAGCCAACAACCCGGAUGUGAUGAUUCCUGCCUAUUCCCUCCACAGAGGCUACUCCAUCUUCUUCAUCGCCUUUAGCGUCAUCGGAACCUACUGUCUGAUGAACUUACUGACUGCCAUCAUCUAUAACCAGUUCAGGGGAUAUUUACUGAUGUCGGUCCAGACGUCCAUCAUCAGGAGACGGCUGGGGAUCCGAGCAGCUUUCCAAGUCCUCAGCUGUCACAGAGCACGCGCAGAUGCUCGGGCGCAGGUCAGUGUUGAUGGGGUGUUGGAGGUGAUGUCCAGAGUCAAGAUAAAGAGCUACUACCGACGGUCCAUCAAUACGGUGGCGCAGCAGUUUGCAGACGUCGGCUUCCUGCAUCGAGAGCAGUUCAUGAAGAUUUUUGACGAGCUGGACAAAGAUCUCAUUAAGGAGCACCCUCCCUUGCCUCAGUACGUGUCUCCGGUCCUACAGAGACUCCAGAAGAUUUUCAGUCACUACUAUCUCACCGUAUUUGGUAAUGUGGUGGCCCUGAUCAACGUCGUGUGUAUAUGUACUGUCCUCGUGUUGAAUUCCGAGAAGUCCACAUCAGAAAGAGACAACUUCGUCCUAGAGAUCAUCAACCUGUGCUUCAUCCUCUACUACAUUUUUGAAAUGUGUGGGAAGAUCUUUGCCUUUGGAUGGAGAGGGUACCGGUCCUACAGAAACAACAUGUUUGAUGGCUUCCUCACCGUCCUGUUAAUGGUCCUUCAGAUCAUCAUAUACAUUGUCUACAGGAUCCCCUAUUCUCAAUGGGACCCUUCCACUCAGAGCGGGAUUUCUCUGUGGGAAAUGAUCCGUCUGGUCAACAUGCUCAUCGUCUUCCGCCUGCUUCGCAUCAUCCCUGACAUCAAGCUCAUGGCUUUGGUUGCAAGUACGCUGCUGGAUCUGGUGAAAAACCUCCGAGCAUUUGCAGGGAUUCUGGUGGUGGUGUACUACGUGUUUGCUGUGUUUGGGAUCUGGCUGUUUGAGGGGGCUAUUAAACCUCCUCCUGAGAUGAGUGUGCUCUCUAAUACCUCCAUGGAGAACGUGACCUCUAACUUCACCAUGCAGUGUGGCACGUACGAGCAGCUGGGCUACUGGCCCAACAACUUCGAUGACUUCGCUGCAGCCAUUAUUUUACUGUAUGAUGUUAUGAUAGUCAACAACUGGCAGGCCUUCAUGGAAGCAUACAGCAGAUACACCACAGAGUGGUCCAAAGUAUACUUCGUAUGUUGGUGGCUCACCUCCUCUGUGAUGUGGGUCAACUUGUUUGUGGCGCUCAUCUUGGAGAACUUCAUCUACAAGUGGGACCGCAGUCACGGCUGCUCUGUUGUAGAUGUGGAGAGGAUCAGAUAUGAAACAUCCGUCCAGCUCAUGUUCAAAGAGCAGAUCCAGGAGCCAACAGAAGAGGAUCUGCUCUGUCAGCUGCACCAACACCCACACUUAGACCUUCCCUGACCAUCAGCUGCAUGCUGCAGCCACAGCCAUGCUGAAGAGACGCAGCAGCACAGCCACAGACGUCAUCUCUAGCAGUCUGUUAACAAGUUUGAGUUAACUUUAUUAUCAUAAAAUGUUUUUACUCUCACAGAAACAAGUCAGAGGCACUUUUUAAUGUAAUUCCUGGUCAUGUUUGAGAGGAAAACGUCAGCCAAAGACUUCCAGUCCCUCUGUCCAACUCUGAUGAUGAUGGAAUGUUUUGAACAUGUUACUAUAUUACAUAGAAUUAUUACAUAUUUCGUGUAACAUUGCUAACCAACACAAUCAAAAAAAUCAUUCAUUCUCUCAGAAAGUCUGCCCUUUUUAAUGUUUUAAUGGAUGCUGGAACUCGGCCUGUUCACAUUGCUGUGUUGUCUGAAGAGACAGGUUUAAACCUGAGGUCCUGCAGUUGGGGGAUCUGCCUGGACUAAAACCUGUAAGUUAGCUCUGCUUCACUUUGCAGAGAUGAUGUUCACAUAUUGAUCUGUGAUCUGUUGGAAGUUUACAGCUGCUGAGAGAUAUUCAUCUUCAUCCUGAAAGUGGAAACAUGGAGUCAAAAUGGCAUUUAAAGGGUUAAAAUAAUUUAAAUACUUACAUUUUUGGGGCUUUUAAUUAGAACUGAGGUUGACUGGAAGAUUUGAACCAAAAAAAGAGAGAAAAAUAUAAGUCUAUAAUUUUUUAUAGCAGUUUUUUGAGGAGGGCUUUUUUGACCCCUAAGGAUCUGAACAGGUGGGAAAUUAAAGCGACCCACAAGGUUUAAGCUACAAUACAUAAAUGACGAUACAACCUCAUGGACAAAUGAGGAAUUACAGUCACUUUUAUUAAAAGAUUACAGGUAAUAUCUUCCAUUAUUUUCACAUUUACCAAAUUCCUCUUGCAGGCCAGAUUGGACCCUCUGGGGGGCAGGUUUUGGCCUCUAUGUUUGACACCUCUGCUCCAGAUGAAUGAUUAUAAAUGUCUUCCUACAACAGUUUUUUCUACAUUGUUGUAACUUUACUGAUGCCCAUUCUGUCGUAAAUCAUCUCGACUGUCACCCCCCCCCCUUUCCCCAAUUUUUGACCAUAGUAGACCAGGUCCUACUUGAAAACUAAAUUACCUAGAUCCUUUAAAUCUGGACUAAAUUAUUGUACACAGCAUAUAGAUUCAAUAUAAAUCACACAGUUUGUGAUUUCUGAAAUCCGUAUUCUGUUUGUGAAAAUGUAAACAAGGCUCAUUUUGUGACAUCUAGACCAGUGAUCCCCAACCCUGGUCCUCAAGGCCCACUAUCCUGCAGGUCUUAGAUGUUGCCCUGCUGCAACACACUAUUCACAUUAAAUGAAUCUCUGACAAGUUCUGCACAAAUCUGUUAAUGAGCGAUUCGAGUCAGGUGUGUUGAAGCAGGGAAACAAUGAAAGUCUGCAGGACAUGGGACCUUGAGGACCGGUUGUGGGUUUCCCUGCUCUAGACCACAUUAUGGUCCUGUUAAAAAAAACAACAAUAAUUAGACACUACAAAUAGAAUAAAGUUGUCAGAAAUCAGAAACUGUGUUUUAAAGAAUCUACAUGUUGUGUAGAAUAUUUCAGUCCAGACUGGAAAAGUCUUACGUUUUGUAGUUUUUCAGCAGAACCUGGUCUACUGUGGUCAAGGUCUAAAAAAAAGCAGUGGAAUGGCCCUUUAUGCAUUUCACAAACCGGAAGCUAACUUCCUCGUCAAAGAGGAGAACGUUUUUUGGGGGAGUUUUUAUUUAUUUCAAUCCAAGCUACAAGGAAGAAAAAAAAUCUGCCCCACACAAGGAAAUUAAAGUUAAUAAGGAAGUGCAUUGUUGACUCCAUCACGGGGGGGUAAUCUUUUCAGAUUACAUGUUUUUUCCAUGUCGUAUGUUUUACGGGGCAAGGCCCAAACUAUUCUGGCUUUGCACUGAUGAGAAAAACUUUUUCUUUUGACAGAAAAAAAUGUGAAAACAGAACAAAAUCAUCCAGUGAACGUUAACAUACCUGAGAUGCGAGACUGGGUUACGGGGCUUUAAUCUGGGAAUAUAUUCUGAGGCCACAUGCUGGAUUUUCAUGAUAUCCGUCAGAAAUCGUUUGUCAGGUUUGAGGGGGAAAAAGGGAAAAAGUUCACUUUUCCUGACAUCUUCACUUUAAAUGAGAAGCAGAAACUGUGUGCUUUAGUAUUUAUUUAAAUGUCUCAUAUUUGUGAGGUCACAAAGGGAAAGAUGUCAGACUCACCCGUCUGAGCACACAUUCACUAAAAAGUGGAUCAAGCAAGUGAGAAAGGUGACAGA